AUGAGAAAAAGUUCAUUUCCAGAUUUGAACGAAUCUGAAAAAAGCGAAAGAAGCUAAUCUACUUCAUCUGAAUAUAAAGUUGAAUUAAGAAAAUAAAGAGGAUGUCAAACAGCAAAUGCUGAUGCUAAACGUUACCAUAAAAUUCCUUUAAAAACGUAAAUUUAGUUAUUUUAGAUGGUAUUUGUAAACGGAAAGCGAAUAAAAUAAGUAUCAGAGUAUAUCUAGUAUUUAGGUUGCCAAGUCUUUAGGUAUGAACUACUCAAGUGCAAAAUCAUUGAUUCAUUAUUAUAAAAAUAAUAAAAGACCUAUCCCAACAGCAAUAUCUAGUAUAUUAAAUUAAAAAAAGCAUUGUGGGAUCAGGAAGACAAAAAAUGGAAGCGAGAAUAUGUUUGUUGUCGUUAAAGUUCAAAAAAACACUAUAAAAAAAUACAAUUUUUAUUAAUUACUAAAAAAGUAACAAAACAUCUAAAAUAAUUGA